AUGGCGUCCUCUCCCGCCGCUCUGGCCUCCUCCUCUCCUCCGACGCCGGUGCAGAUCCGGGAGGCGAACGCGCACCUGGCGGCGCUGCACGGGCGCGUGGCCGAGCUGGAGGCGCGCCUGGCCGCCGCCGAGGAGACCGUGCGGGGCCAGGCCGGCAGCCUCAUCCGGAAGGACGCCGAGACCCGGAGGGCCCUGGAGGAGAUCGGGCGCCAGAAGGGAAGGUAGGAGAUGGAUCAUGAGGACUAGCGCCUUGGGAAGUAAAGAAGCCAAGGGUCAGAGCCAGGAGGACUAGCACCUUGCAGGGUAAAAGACUAGAGUUGAAGGGCCAUGAGGACUAGCGCCUUGCGCAGAGGAGAAAAGGGGAAGGUCCAGGGAGAUGGACCUGGAGGACUAGCGCCUUGGCAGGUAAAGGAGGAGAAGGGCAGGGAGAUGGAUCAUGAGGACUAGCGCCUUGCGGGGUAAAGGAGCCAAGGGUCAGGGCCAUGAGGACUAGAGCCUUGGCAGGGAGAUGGACCUGGAGGACUAGUGUUUUGGGUGGAGAAGAAAAGGUGAAGGAGGAGCAGGGAGAUGGACCUUGAGAACCAGCAUCUUGGCAGGUAAAGGACCAGAGUGAAAGGGUCCUGAAGACUAGCGCCUUAGUGGGGGAAGGAGGAAAGAGGAAUGACAGGAAGAUGGACCUGGAGGACUAGCACCUUGGGCAGAGGAGGAGGAAAGAGGCAGGGCAGGUAGGCAGCCGUGAGGACUAGCACCUUGGCGGGGGAAGGAGAAGAAGGGCAGGGAGAUGGAUUAUGAGGACUAGCGCCUUGGGAAGUAAAGAAGCCAAGGGUCAGGGCCAUGAGGACUAGCGCCUUGGCAAGGAGAUGGAUCAUGAGGACUAGCGCCUUGGUGGGUAAAAGACUAGAGUUGGAGGACCAUGAGGACUAGCACCUUGCAGAGAGGAGGGGGAAAGGAGAAUGGUAGGGAGAUGGACCUUGAGGACUAGCGCCUUGCGGGGUAGAAGACCAGAGAUGAAGGGGCAUGUGGACCAGCGCCUUGAGUAGAGGAGGAGGAGGAAAGGGGAUGGGUAGGGAGAUGGAUCUUGAGGACUAGCGCCUUGGCAGGUAAAGGACCAGAGUGGAAGGGUCGUGAGGACUCGCACUUUAGUGGGGGAAGGAGGAAAGAGGAAUGACUAGCGCCUUGGCAGGUAAAGAAUCCAAGGGUCAGGGCCAUGAGGACCAGCGCCUUGGCAGGGAGAUGGACUUUGAGGACUAGCACCUUGGGCUGAGAAGGAGGAGAGAGGCAGGGCAGGUAGGCAGCCAGCCAUGAGGGCUAGCGCCUUGAGGGGUCAAGGAGCCAAGCUGAAGGGCAGUGAGGACUAGUGCCUGGGGCAGGGGAGGCGGGAAGGAGCAGGGAGCUGGAGCUGGGGACUAGCACCUUGAGUCUCUCUCCGUUUCCCUUUUCCAAAACAAGACAGUGUCCCUUCCUUUCUCUUCUCCCUCCCCCCAAAAUGGGGGGCUGUGGGAAGACUCCCCUUUGGGAAACAUUUGCCCCCUUUUUCGAGAGAGAGGCGGGGUGGGAGGAAAGAGGACCGGCAGCCUGAGCCUCUCGCGUUUUUCAGAGGAAACGUUGAGGACUAGCGCCUUCAUCCCCGCCCCGCCCAACCUCACUGCCGCUUUCCCUCCUCCUUUCUGAAGGGAAAUCGCCGCCCUGGAGGAGCAGCUCCGCUCGUCCGAAGACCGUGUGCAGGAGCUCCUGGGCCUCAUCCGGGAGAAGGACGGCCUGAUCCUGCGCCUCCGCCACCGCAGCCGCCUGCUGGGCGAGAUCUGCCGCUGCCGGCCCGUGCUGGACACCCUCCUGGCCCAGAUGGCCGAAGGGGAGAGGCUGGGGCCCGACAGCGGAGACACCUCCCCGGACUCCAGCGGCCUCUUGCCGGACUCAAACUGCGUCCCGGACGGCGCCAGGGACUUCUCCCUGGGCAGCGACCCCCAGGAUUCGGACAUGGCUCUUUUUGGGACGACGGUCUGA